GCCAAUGUUAUCAAGUGCCCCAUGAUGGAGUUCUCUACUGGUGGCUAGCCUGAGAACGAGCGCCGUGCACGUAACGACUAGCUGCCAGCAGCACCCCGGGCCGGCUUUUCUCUAUCGGUGCUCGUCACGUGAUCAUCUGACCAAGGGAGAUCGACUCUUGAACUGCUCUUGAAGCAACCAAAUGAACAUGCAUCGCGGCGUUGGUCUCGCUGCUUUUGACAAAGAACAGUUAUCACAGCGUUUUGCAGAACUAUCGUCAGAGCUCUCGAAAACCCAAGUCGAUCAUCUACAAUCCCAACUAUCACAAUUCCGAACUGCCCUUUCGCACUUCGCAACGACACACAGAGAUUCGAUUCGUAGCGAUCCAGCGUUUCGCCAUGCAUUUCAGAAAAUGUGCUUGUCGAUUGGCGUAGACCCACUUGCUGGGCCAAGGCAAGGCGGCUGGUGGGCAGAGAUGCUUGGGAUGGGCGAUUGGCAAUAUGAGUUGGGAGUUCAGAUAGUAGACGUGUGCGUAAGCACGAGGGAGAGGAACGGGGGUGUGAUAGAAAUGGGGGAGCUCGUCCGUAUGGUCAGCAAGUUGCGUGGCAUUGAGAGUGGCGUCACAGAAGAAGAUGUUAUAAGAAGCAUUAAGACACUUCAACCGCUCGGCGCCGGAUACGAGGUGCUGGAUGUUGGUGGUGGAAAGAAGAUGGUAAGAAGCGUGGUCAAGGAGCUAGAUGCAGAUCAGGCUGUAAUCAUUGCGGAAGCACAAGUAGAAGGAGGAUGUAUUGUUGAAGCAAUCCUGGAGAACCGUCGAGGAUGGACAGGAGAACGUGCUCAAGCUGCUCUUGAAAAUAUGCUUCUUCGAGACGGCCUCUGCUGGCUCGAUUCUCAAGAUGAGCACUAUGGGCGAGCCUAUUGGGUCCCGUCUGCCAUGCGUUGGGACGAGUGAUUCUGUUGCUCAACAAGAAAGUUCAUUUGUAAUUGAGCCGGAUAACCUCUAAUCAGAGGCUCGACUGUCAAUACCCGUACUACCGUCUCCUGCAUUUCCAUCGAAAGGACGCAGAGUAUAUUCGGUUUAGAAGCACCCACUCGCGACUUUGAAGCGCUUCACAUGAUGUUGGAUAUGCAACAGUCGAAACGAAGAUAAAGCAGGGAGAAAAGA